AUGAAGCCGCCCCUGGACCCGGUACGCCUUGUGCUGCCCGUGCCUGUUGCCGCCCGUGCCUGUGCUGCCCGUGCCUGUGCUGCCCGUGCCUGUUGCUGCCCGUGCCUGUGCUGCCCGUGCCUGUUGCUGCCCGUGCCUGUGCUGCCCGUGCCUGUGCUGCCCGUGCCUGUGCUGCCUGUGCCUGUUGCUGCCCGUGCCUGUGCUGCCCGUGCCUGUGCUGCCCGUGCCUGUUGCUGCCCGUGCCUGUGCUGCCCGUGCCUGUUGCUGCCCGUGCCUGUGCUGCCCGUGCCUGUGCUGCCCGUGCCUGUGCUGCCUGUGCCUGUUGCUGCCCGUGCCUGUGCUGCCCGUGCCUGUGCUGCCCGUGCCUGUUGCUGCCCGUGCCUGUGCUGCCCGUGCCUGUGCUGCCCGUGCCUGUGCUGCCCGUGCCUGUUGCUGCCCGUGCCUGUGCUGCCCGUGCCUGUGCUGCCCGUGCCUGUGCUGCCCGUGCCUGUUGCUGCCCGUGCCUGUGCUGCCCGUGCCUGUGCUGCCCGUGCCUGUACUGCCCGUGCCUGUGCUGCCCGUGCCUGUGCUGCCCGUGCCUGUGCUGCCCGUGCCUGUGCUGCCUGUGCCUGUUGCUGCCCGUGCCUAUGCUGCCCGUGCCUGUGCUGCCCGUGCCUGUUGCUGCCCGUGCCUGUGCUGCCCGUGCCUGUGCUGCCCGUGCCUGUGCUGCCCGUGCCUGUGCUGCCCGUGCCUGUUGCUGCCCGUGCCUGUGCUGCCCAUGCCUGUGCUGCCCGUGCCUGUGCUGCCCGUGCCUGUGCUGCCCGUGCCUGUUGCUGCCCGUGCCUGUGCUGCCCGUGCCUGUGCUGCCCGUGCCUGUGCUGCCCGUGCCUGUUGCUGCCCGUGCCUGUGCUGCCCGUGCCUGUGCUGCCCGUGCCUGUGCUGCCCGUGCCUGUGCUGCCUUUGCCUGUUGCUGCCCGUGCCUGUGCUGCCCGUGCCUGUGCUGCCCGUGCCUGUUGCUGCCCGUGCAUGUGCCGCCCGUGCCUGUUGCUGCCCGUGCCUGUGCUGCCCGUGCCUGUGCUGCCCGUGCCUGUGCUGCCCGUGCCUGUGCUGCCCGUGCCUGUUGCUGCCCGUGCCUGUGCUGCCCGUGCCUGUGCUGCCCGUGCCUGUGCUGCCCGUGCCUGUGCUGCCCGUGCCUGUGCUGCCCGUGCCUGUUGCUGCCCGUGCCUGUGCUGCCCGUGCCUGUGCUGCCCGUGCCUGUGCUGCCCGUGCCUGUUGCUGCCCGUGCCUGUGCUGCCCGUGCCUGUGCUGCCCGUGCCUGUGCUGCCCGUGCCUGUGCUGCCUGUGCCUGUUGCUGCCCGUGCCUGUGCUGCUCGUGCCUGUGCUGCCCGUGCCUGUGCUGCCCGUGCCUGUUGCUGCCCGUGCCUCGUGCUCGCGCCCCCGUGCGCUCUGCUACUCUGUCGCUGA